AUGGCUUCCUUCUUCCACUUCUGCAUUUUGUUCACCUUCCUGACUUACCAUUGUGUUUCUUCAACCUCUAUUGUGCCUCAUCUUGAUGGGCUACUAGAAAAUGGCAACUUUGAGGAAGCGCCAAAGGCCUCAAACCUUAAAAAAACAGUGAUCAUAGGAAAAUACUCCUUGCCCAAAUGGGAGAUUCAGGGAUUGGUUGAAUAUGUCUCAGGAGGGCCACAACCUGGUGGUUUCUUCCUCGCCAUCCCCCGCGGCGCACACGCGGCGAGGCUCGGAAACGAGGCUGCAAUUUCUCAGCAUGUGAAAGGGUUGAAGCCCGGAUCGAUCUAUUCCCUCACAUUUGGAGCCACAAGGACUUGUGCUCAGGAUGAGAAGUUGAGGGUGUCAGUCCAUGGCUUCUCAACUGAGCUUCCUAUUCAGACAUUGUACAGUUCUGAUGGAGGUGAUACUUAUGCCUGGGCUUUUAAGGCGCUUUCUGAUGUUGUUAAGGUUACUUUCCACAAUCCUGGGAUUCAGGAAGAUCCCACUUGUGGUCCUCUCAUUGAUUCUGUUGCUAUCAAGGAGAUUCUCCCCCUAAACUACGCUAGAGGUAACUUGGUAAAAAAUGGUGAUUUUGAGAUUGGCCCUCAUGUAUUCAAGAACUUCUCAACUGGGGUUCUCCUCCUUCCAAAAGGGAGAGACUUGUACUCACCCCUCCCUGGAUGGAUCGUCGAAUCCAUCAAACCUGUUAAAUACCUCGAUUCGAAGCAUUUUUCUGUUCCCCAAGGACUUGCAGCGGUCGAGCUGGUUGGAGGAAGAGAAACCGCAAUUGCACAAGUCAUAAGGACUGUACCGAACAAAUUUUAUGGUCUUUCAUUCACUGUUGGCGACGCGAGAAAUGGCUGCCACGGAUCGAUGAUGGUUGAAGCAUUUGCAGCGAAGCAAAAAUUACAGGUUCCGUUUACAUCAACUGGAAAAGGUGGAUUCAAGAGAGCAAGCCUCAGGUUCCAAGCUAUUUAUAACAGAACCAGGAUCAGUUUCUUCAGCCCUUUCUACCAUACGAAAGUUGAUGAUUAUGGUCAUUUCUGUGGACCUGUUUUGGAUGAUGUUAGAGUUGUUCCUCUCAAAUAG